ACCUUAUCUGUGGCAUGUGCACUUGUGGGGUCUGUUCCAACACCAGCCAUAAUUUACCUAAUCUCUGUUAUCUUCCUCAUUAUUCUGUUUGAAGGUUGCUGCAAUUCUAAAUGACAAUAACAUUUAAUUUUUAAGUAUGAUAACUAACAACAGCAGAGCUGGGGAGAAAAACAAUCCACAUUGAAGCCACUGAUAUAUAGAAACUUGUCCGUCACUAUUUUGUCGAUCUGAUAAUAUGAGUUUUUCUGUCUGUAGGAAAUGACAAAAAAGGCAAAGAUGACUGCACAAAUCCCUCCCUGGAAUGUUCAUCGAAAGACAAAGCUGUGUGACACCACGGAGGAGAGAAAGACCUGUGAGGAGGAAAGAGAGAGACAGCAGGAGGAGUCAUCAGUGGAGGAGCGAAAGGAGGCCAGUGUGAAGCCAAGGUUUAUCCAGCUGCGAAAGAAAAGGCCUGCACACACACCCAGUAACAGUCUGGAAAUCUCAAAAAAGGCAAAGAUGGCUGUGGCCGUACAAGUCCCUUCACAGGAAAUGACAAAAAAGGCAAAGAUGACUGCACAAAUCCCUCCCUGGGUAGGUGUACACCACAAUAAACAAAACCAAAGAUCUGGAAUUGGUAGAUUUUCAUUGAGAAAUUUUUGUAAGAUGAAGCAGGCUUAUGUAAGGUCAGUCCCAGCUAAAACCUUGGUACAACCUUCACAGAAUGUUCAUCGAAAGACAAAGCUGUGUGACACCACGGAGGAGAGAAAGACCUGUGAGGAGGAAAGAGAGAGACAGCAGGAGGAGUCAUCAGUGGAGGAGCGAAAGGAGGCCAGUGUGAAGCCAAGGUUUAUCCAGCUGCGAAAGAAAAGGCCUGCACACACACCCAGUAACAGUCUGGAAAUCUCAAAAAAGGCAAAGAUGGCUGUGGCCGUACAAGUCCCUUCACAGAUGAAUCAGGCUUAUGUAAGCCCAGCCACAGCUGAAGUCCUGGCAAAAUAUUCUCAGAACAUUUGUCCAAAGCCAUCAUCAGGGUUGGAAAUAAUUUUUCAUCAAAGUGAGCUGUUCAAGAGAAAGAGAAAGACCUGCAACAAAAAACAUAUUGACCAACAGGUGGCAGCAUGUGAGGAGGAGGAAAGAAAUAUCUGCGAGGAAAAAAGAGAGAAACAGCAGGAGGAACAUCAGAGGCAAGAAGAACGACAUGGAGAAGAAGUGACAAAGGAGAGGGGGUGUCCAAAGAGAAAAGGACCAGGUGGAGAAGAGGCAGUGAAAGAGGAGGGGAGGUGUCUGAGGAGAAGAGGACAACAUGGAGACAAAGAGGUCAAAGCAGGGAGAGGGUGUCCAAAGAGAAAAGGACCAGGUGGAGAAGAGGCAGUGAAAGAGGAGGGGAGGUGUCUGAGGAGAAGAGGACAACAUGGAGACAAAGAGGUCAAAGCAGGGAGACUGUGUCCAAAGAGAAAAGGACCAGGUGAAGAAGAGGCAGUGAAAGAGGAGGGGAGAUCGCCAUCUCCAGUUCCCUGUCCAGCGGUGGUGGCGUCCUUCGUCGUGUUUUCUCUGCCCGUCUUUUGA